AUGGCGACCCACCACGAUGCGCUGUGGGCGAAGCUGCACGAGCUGGAGCUGCAGCUCGCGGCGUACAAGCUCCUGCGCGCCGCGCGCGGGGACGGGGACGACGCGGGUUUCGCUUUCGCGGACGGGGCCGAGAUGCCGGGGGGCGGCAGCACCUGCCGCGGCAGGCAGUACGACGCCUACAUGCGCCGGCGCGACGCCAGGCGCGUGGCCACGUCGGCCGAGCAGCAGCAGCAACCGGCGAAUAAUAAGGCUCAGCAACCUCGGGGCGUGCGCGCCGAGGGGGCGGGGCGCACCACGCCGAUGAGCCCGCGUAGUGCGCUCCGGUGCGCGGCUCGCGACACGCAGGAGGCGGGCGCCACGCCGCGGCUGGUCAUCGCCCCGGCGCCGGCGCGGCCGAGGAGCAGGACGGUGAGAGGCGGCGGCGGCUCGACAGGGAUCCCGGCGAGGCCGUCGUCGCACCACCAGAGGCGGAACAGCCUCGGCGUGCUCGCCGAGUUCGGCGAGUGCGCCACGCCGAGGCCGUUCCUGAAACGCGGCACGGGCACCGGCGGCGCGGCCGCGCCGGCCAGGCUGCGGACGACGCGGGUGCACGACCUGCCGACCCUCGACGUGGCCAUCACCCCGAGGCCGAUGCCCCAGCAGCAGCAGCAGGAGGAGCUCGGCCACGCCCACGCGCACACCCAGGCGCCGCGACACUUCCGGUCCGUGUCGGAGCUGCCGUUCGAGACGGCGGCGCUGGCCUCGCCGCAGGCGCGGGUGAGGAAGCGGUGGGGCAGCCCGGAGGGGCCAACGGCGAUGUUCUCCGACUCGCACAGGGACCUGUCCAUGGGGCUCAAGAAGCUGCUGAGCUUCGUGAGGAAAGGCGGCAGGAGCGGCGGCGGCGGCGGUGACCAGCCUGUCCCGGCGCCCAGCCCGCGCGGGAGUGGGAAGCCCGUGAGCAAGGGGUGGUCUGGUUGCUCCCACGUCGACGUCCCGUUCGACCGCGCAAGCCUGGACGGGCACCGGUUCCCCAUGACGCGGGCAGUUGGCAUCUCCGGAUGA